AAAGCCACAAAGAAAACUGACAAACCCAGGCCAGAGGAGAAGGAUGACCUAGAUAUAACAGAGAUAAGUAAUGAAGAUCUUCAAGAGCAACUUGUGAAGUAUGGACUAAAUCCUGGCCCAAUUGUAGCUACUACUAGGAAACUUUAUGAGAAAAAACUGUUGAAACUGAUGGAGCAAGGUCCAGAACUGAAGGCAUCUGUGCCUCUCCCAGCAAUUUCUUCAGCUGCUGAGAACACCAGACAGAAUGGAAAUAAUGAUUCUGACCAGUACAGUGACAAUGAAGAAGAUCCGAAGACUGAGCUGGUACUUGAGAAGAGAGAACCAUUGAAAGCCAGGACGAAGACUCCAGUAGCACUCAAACAAAGAAGAGUUGUUGAACACAACCAGAGCUAUUCUCAAGAUGGAGUUACUGAGACUGUCUGGACAAGUGGAUCUUCAAAAAGUGGACCUCUGCAGGCAUUUUCUAGGGAGUCUACAAGAGUGUCAAGAAGAACACCAAGGAAAAGGGUGGAAGCUACAGCACAGUUGCCUGUAGAUGAUGCUGUAAUAUCAGAGAGUACUCCCAUAGCUGAAACUAUAUUGACGGCAAGCAACGAGACCCUAGUUGUCAAUAGGGUGCCUGGAAAUUUCAAGCAUGCAGCUCCUACACUGUCAAUCAGUGAACUCUCAGACAUGCCCCGAAGAACACCAAAGAAACCAUUGAUGACAGCUGAACAAGAAGAAACAUAUUGCCCACAUCAGUGCUUUUUUAACCAUGUUGCCCACAACCAAUCCUGUGAUCUGCUCAACACAGCCAUGAUAGAGGUGCUGGAGAGAACUCAUACAGAAGAACAAAAUGUAGAAAGGGAUAUUCUUAAGGAAAUGUUCCCUUAUGAAGUAUCAACGCCUACAGGAAUUAGUGCUAGCUGCCGUAGACCAAUUAAAGGAGCUGCUAGCCGGCCUAUAGAGCACAGUGACUUCAGAAUGGAUGAAAGUUUCUCUAAGUAUGCUCCAAAAUACGGUACCUCAACUGACAUCAAGUUGGAGAAACCACCAACAAAAAAAGAACGCUCCAUUCCUCUCUGGAUAAAAAUUCUUCUUUUUGUUGUUGUUUCAGUCUUCCUGUUUUUGGUUUAUCAGUCUAUGGAAACUAAUCAAGGAAAUCCUUUCUCUAAAUAUCUGAAUAUUGUCUCUCAGGGGAGUGCCAAAUGAGUAUCUUUCUGAAAGGCACACCUGAUUUGAUCUCCUGUUUUUAAUUGUAGAGAACUCUUCUGCCCUCUCAUCGGCUCAAGGACUUCUUACAAAUAAUGUGAUUGGAACAUGAUAAAUUGGACAAAUGAAGCAAGAUAAUAUUAAAUGGACAUCAGUAACUUUCUGGACUUUGGACUAGUAGGAGAUCACUUUGCCAUAUAGGAGUAACAUUUUUUUAGAUCUUUGAACUUUUUGUAGGCUUUAUUUUUUUAAUGUGGACAUCCUUUAAAUUCAUUUUUGAGAAACUGUAUAUUUGUUUUUGCAAGAACUUGGAAGCUGAGAAGGGCAAAAAUGUAGUAAAAUGUGAAGCUGUGCUUUUAAAGCUUUUCCUUUGUACAGAAAAGAAGUUGUACUUUGUCUCUAGAUUGUUGUGGAGGAGGGUGUUAACAGAUGAUAAAGGGAAGUGCGUUGUGUGCUUUUUUUUCAGUAACAGUGUAACUGAAUUUGAUCUCUUAGGAUGUAGGGGGAGUACAACAACCACCUUUUCUGUAGAUUACUGUAACUUUUUUUAGUAAAUGUAACUGUAAACCUGUUUGCAUUUCUGUAAAAGUCUUAGUAUAUUAGUAACUCAGUUUAAGUGUAACAUCAUUUAAAUGUAUCCCUUCAUUUUAGUGCUUACAGUGUUGUAGGAGCUGAAUACAAAUCUAAUUGGCAAGAGAUGUCUUAGAGGAACUUAUUUAUUAGUAAUAUGCGUGGAAAAUAAAAAUUGCAUCAACAUAAUUUGCUACUAAAAUACUUUUUUGGGUCAAGGUUGUUAUCUGAAGUAGUCUAAAUUCCAACAUUAGCAGUGGUCUUCUUUCUUUUUUAAAAAAGCAACGUCUUUCCAAUACAGCUUUAUGUGAUUAUCUUUUAAACAUUUAUGUAGAGAAGUAUUCUCAAAGCGUGAAAAUUCCAUAUGAAGUUUUAUUCUUGUAUGAAGAGGGCAUUGCUGCAUUUUCUGAUACAUUUUCAUCUUCUAAGGUGAGAUUUACUACUUUCAUGCAGUUGAAUAUUUUUCUCAGUGGAAGCAUGCUGAAGCACUCUAUGUUGUGUAACUUAGUUGAGCAGGAAGCUGACUUCACUACUACCAAUGGAGAGUGAUAAGCAAUUUUUUAAAGUGAAUGUAUACAUUUUGGCGUGCUUAAAUCUGCAGCAUACAGAUUUUCAGUCUUACUGCUUGGUACAAAAUCGCAAUAAAUCAUACUACUUAAAGUGCUACUUAAAAAAAGCUGAGAACAUUAGUUAAUAGUCGGUAUCUUUUUACUCUAGGUACAAUUAUUGUGUAGACUAUAGCUAUGGGGAAGCUUUACUUUCUGUGAACUUUGGGACAGACAUGGUAAUUUGUAGCAAAGCAAUAGGUUUUUUUCUGUUAAGAUUAAUGUUUUUUUCCUUUUAAUCUGCUUUUUUGAGUAUUCCAAAUAGCUAAACUUGUGUCUAUCCCGUAGAAAAUUGUAACAUAAGACAUUCACUUUUGGUGUCAAAAUGCAGAGAAAUAAAAAUGAUUUUAAUGUGUGUGGGUUUUCCUUAUCAAAAUAAAUGCAUUGCUGAAAAGCAGCGAAAGCAAGACG